GAGAGGCUAUUUUCGUAACGAUCGCCGCCAUCUUGUUUCGCUUUCUUAUUUCCAACUUCUGCUUUUCGCUGUUCUUCUCCAAGAUUCCCCCAAGAUGGGAUCUGAAGAGGAAGGAGCGAUCGAAGAGUAUGCCUCCUCCCUAGCAGAUCUCACAUUCAACUCGAAGCCGCUAAUAAAUGUUCUUACAAUGUUGGCUGAAGAAAACGGCCAGUAUGCAGCCAGCAUCGUGAAACUCAUCGAGAAACGCAUCCAAACGGUGGCUCAACAGUAUCGGUUGCCCUCUCUCUACUUGUUGGACUCCAUCAUAAAGAAUGUGGGAGGAGACUAUCUAAUGCUCAUUGCACAAAGCCUUGUUAGUGUUUUUGUAGCUGUCUUUGCAAAGGGUGAUGAGAAAGUCCGAAAAGAUCUAUACAAGCUACGUAACACCUGGCCACAAUACUUUUCCAAUAAAGUGCUUUAUGAGCUUGAUGUGAAAGUGCGUGGCAUUGAUCCAGGAUGGCCAAUCAACGCCCCAGCACCACCUCCGUCACCGUCAAUACAUAUCAAUCCCAAAUUCUUAAUGAAGACUGAAAAUCUUGGUCCUGCAAGUCAUCCCAUUCAAGUAGCCCCUACCCCUGUUGUAGUGGACAUACAAAAAAAUGAGCAUCAGCAGAGACUGCUGGAGUUGCAGAGGUUGCAAGAAGAACAGCUUCGUCUGACAGAGCUAGAAAUCCAGGAACAUCAACUCAAGAAGGAGCUUAUCCUCAAGAAGCAAGAGCAGGAGCGUCAGAAGCUCUUACAACAGCUUAGGAAUGAGCCUAGCACUUCUGUACUUGCUGGCAUAACUCAAACAUGGACAACUACCCCAGUCAUGACAGUUGCAGAGCCAACCAGAGGCAGUCAAGAUGUUGUUCCUAGCAGAGACCCUCGACUAAGGCAUAAAGAACAGACUCCAACUCGUGAAACCAAUAGUACAGAAGAACAGAAGCUCACAGGAGAAAUGAAGAUUGAGCUACAUCCAGAUCGAAAUAGAUCUGUGCAACUGUCUAGCAUAUCUUCUCGAGGAGCCAUUCAGGGUUCUCCAAGUCCACAAGAGCGAGAACAGUCUAGGAAAGAAUCUUCGGUUCAGAAGGAUCAACCUAAAUCGUUUCACAGCCAGAAGACCUGGAAUGAUAGACCCAGGAGCUCUGAUGUAAAUACCAUAAGACAUAGUGCUCACCAAAAGGAAUUUUCUAAAGAGGAGCCGGUCAGAAGACGGGAGGAGCUGCGACAGCCAGUCUCAGAUUACCCCAGAGUGCCUGGUAGAUCAGUUCAUGACAGGAAACGAAGCAGAAGUUCAUCACCCACUGAUGACAGGGAUAGAAGACCCCACCCAACUCGUGGGGGCUCCAGUCGUCAACAAGAGAGGUUUAGGAGGGAAGGUAGAAGAAGAAGCCUUGAAGAUAACGACAGAAGAUUAGAAGGGUUUGGUCCUUCAGUAGAUAAUAAAGAAGGGUUUAGAGGAAGAGGUUUCAGGGGAAGGGGAAGAGGUGGGUAUGGGAAUGUUGUAAGUAGGAGAGAGAAUGAUAAAUUAAACAAUAAAGAGUUUGAUGGUGUGAAAGAGAACCGGGGUGGUAAUAUAAAAAAUAGCAGGGAUUCAGCCCAGAGAGAACGAGAAAGGGAGUCAAAAGACAAGCCAAAGCUGCAUUUUAAAAAGCUUGACAGGGAUGAGAAAGAUUUAAGACCGAAUACCAGGAAUGAUAGUCCACCAGAAAGACAUGAGAGAAGUGCAGGGCCAGUUACCAGACCUGGCAAACGACCCAGCCCUGUUCCACAGCAGAAUAAGGAACCACCAUCAAAGAAACCGAAACCCUUGCUAUCUGCAAAGGAACUAUCAGAGAUUCGAUUGCAUCAUGGCUCUACUGAACCUGUUGACCCUGCAUCUAUUCCACCUCUGAUGGGUGGAGGACUUCCAAAACAGCAGCGAUACGAGUCAACUGGCCCACAGUGUGAUGUUCCACAUGAACUUAGCCUGGAGCAUAGAGAGGUUAUUCUUAAAGAGGCCGAAAAUCGACUUACAGAAGGUCUUAUUUCCAAGGAUCAGUAUGUCGAAUUGAUUGAUAAACUAUUUGAGUUUUAUGAGCUACAAAGACAGGUGGAGUGGGAAGACAAGCAGAUUCUUCACCAGGAACAUGUACCAAUGGAACAGGAACAUGAAGUAGUUUCACCUUUUGGUGAUAUCAAAAUUCCAGCAAGGCUUGACCAACCCAUCCAAAAGGUAGACCCAGGUCAUGAUAUGCCAAGUAAAGGCCGAGGUGAGAAUUUGUCUGUUGGGAAAAGUAAUCAGAAGCCAAGAGAAGAGCCUAGAGUGAAAGUGCCUAGUGUUGAGGGAAGUCUGAAUUUUGAAGAGGAAGAAGCUAUAGGAAGUCCCAGAAUUAUCCCAGACUUAGGAGAAAUUCGCAUUCCAGCAAGACUUGACCAGCCUGUUCAGAGACCGGAAAGGCUUCCAAGUUUAGAAGGUAAUUCAAUUUUAGGAAGUCCCAGUUCUGAUGUUGGCAAUGAAAGCUUAGUACCACCUGGCCCAGAUGUGCAAAGUCACAGGACUGAACACGAGUUAGCACCCAAAAGAAGGGGGGAAGCAGUUCCUGUUGAAGAAAAAGGUCCUGCAAAAAGAGGAAGACGACAGAGAGGUGGAAGACGCAGGAAUUAUCGUAAACAGGGUGAUGAUGCAAUGGCUCAACCAAGAAACCCUCCAGAAAUUGAUGAACCAAAUAUCAAAAAAGGACUCCUUGGGGACAAAGGGCAGCUUGCAAUGGAUGAAUCUUCUUCACAAGAAGUCAGAAGAGGUAGCCCUCACAGAGAAGAACCAAUUAGAAGAGGUGGGCCACUCUCUGAGGGACAUCCAAUGAGGGCGGAUAUGCCUGAUGAUGUGCUACAUAGAGAAGAACAAAUGCGAGCUGGGCCAUCAUCUGACAACCAUCCAAUGAGGGGGAAUACGCCUGUAGAUCUACUGCACAGAGAAGAACCAAUGAGAAGAGGUGUGCUGGUUCCUGAAGGCCAUCCAGUGAGGGGGAAUAAACCUGCAAUUGAUCUGCCACACAGAGAAGGGUUGUAUGGCAGAGGCGGUCCCCCACAUGAGGGAGGACCAAGGCAACAGGGACCUAGAUUUUACAAGGAACCACCAUUUGAAGAAGGUGGCUCAAGGAGAGGUGGUAAAAAUAGGAGAGGAAGAAGGAGAGGAGGCCCACCCAGGAGAGAUGGCCCUUACAGAGAUGAGCCUGGUUUUAUUGAUACUCCAAUGGGAAGAGGAAUGCACCAAAGGGAUAUGCCUCCUGAGUGGCACCCAGCAGGAAACCCACGCAGAGUGGAUGAAGGGCCAUACAUGCAUGAUGGACCACCACAUAUUAACAGGCACCCAUUUAUUGAGCAGGGUCCUGUUGAAAUCCCGAUCAGUCAUAGUGGGCCAUGGCAGGGUGACAUUGAUUCUCAUAUGGUGCAUGCAGAUCGACAUCUGCAUGAUCACCCAGACAGGCAUCUGCAUGAACACCCAGACAGACAUCCGCAUGAUCACCCAGACAGACUUACACAUGAUCGCCCUGGUCUCAUAAUGGGACAGGAUAGACACAUGGCAGAUUACAGGGAGCCUCACAGGGAACCAGGGGGAGUGCAUGAAGGACCAUUUCCACAUCAGCCACAUCCUAAUGGACACCAACCCAUGGCGUUCGGCCAUGGAAGACCAAGGGGUGAUGUGCCAGCUCACCAUGGAGGCCCUAUCCCCAUCUCUGAUGGCCCUGGCGGGUUACAGGGGCCACCACUAAUACCGGGAUCGCCACAUAGAGGUGCAAGCCCCAUGCCUCAUGAACCUCCAACACCAACCAGAAUGGAGAAGAAGACAGUUGAUGACUUGUUCCGGAAGCUUUGUCAGGCAGGAAUCAUCAAGACUGUCACACAAGAAGUAGAGACUCCUCCACGUGUAGCAACCCCACCCGGCCAACCACCCCUGCCAGUACCUCGCCCUGCUCCUGCCCAUGCACCAGCUGAAGUACCACUAACACAACUGAUACUACAGCAGAUGAUAGAGAAAAGUAAAGAAGCAGCAACCAAAAUUCCUGAGAUAAGCCUUGACCCAGAAGACCUGAAAAAACGCUACAGUGGUAUUAUCAUGAUGCUGUAUGAAGGGACGCAGUGUUCCUCAUGCGGACUGCGGUUUCCAGGAGAGGAGGCAGCAAUGUAUAGGGAACAUCUUGACUGGCACUUCAGAAGGAACCGCAGAGAGAAGGAUGGAAGACGUGUUGCGCACAGACAAUGGUAUAUCCCAGUAGAGGACUGGCUUGACUAUGAGGAAAUCAUGGAUCCAGAAGAUAAAGCCCAUAGUUCAUUCUUUGACUUGGAGAGGGCUGAUGAGCCUGAUGCACAGCAGGCCACGGAUUCUGAAAGCUGUCCUGUCCUUGCAAGCGACACAGAUGCAGAAGCGUCUUGCAGUGUUUGCUUUGAGAAGUUUGAGCAGUUUUGGGAUGAGAGCAAUGAAGAGUGGCAUUACAAAGAUGCAUUGCGUUUCGAAGGAAAGACCUACCACAAACUCUGUUACCUGGAUUCAAAGUUGAGUGUGGAGGAGGCAGAACUAGAGGUCGAGGAAGGUGAGGAACUCCAGUCGCCCACCCUAGACGAGCCAAAUAUCAAACAAGAGAAAGUCGAGGAGCAAUUAGAGUCAGUGCAAUCUCAGGAAGAGGCAAUGGACUUGGACGAGAAGAAAACAGUAGUGGACCAGAGAGCGCUAAUAGAAUCACAAGCUGGUAACCAGGUAGCCAUGAAUGUGGAGGUUAAACAAGAAAGUAAUGGGAACGAAGAGGAAGAACGGAUUAGCAAAGUAGAGGUGAAGGUUGAGAAAGUGGGUGAGGUAGAAAUCUUAGAGAAAAAUGACAAAGCUAUUUUAUCAGGAAAUAGCAAGACAACUACUUGUAACGCAUCUGAUAAAAAUAGCUCAGUCAUAACCUUUACUCCAUCAGACGAGGGUAGUAAGGUUGUGCCCUCUGUUCCAUCAGACAGUGAUAGCAAUGUCCAGUCUAGCAAAACUGUUGUUUCCACGGUAUUGGAGGUUGAGAGUAAGAAUGUAAGUUCCACCGAGGAGUCGAGUAAAGCUGAUGUAAAUAUAACAGUGGGGGCUAGCACAACUAAUGUCUCAACUUCAUCAGACAAGUCUGUCACUUCUCAGCUGUUAGAAGACAAAAUCGGCAGUGCUCUGCCUACUGAAUCAGACAAGAAUGGCAAAUCUGUGAUUGUAAUUGCAUCAGAUGCGAAUGAUAAAACUGUCCACUCUCCUACACCAGAUGAGAAGAUCAAAGAAUUAGAAUCGCUUGAUGGUGGUUCACAAAAGCAAACAGGGAGUGAUGUUAGUACAAAAAUGGACACUACUUCAGAUUUAAAUGUUAAGAUUGAAUUGAAUGAGAAUCUUGGUAUUCCUGAUAAUAAAGAGGCUUGUGGAAUUGAACAGAAAUUAUAAUAUACAUCGGCUAGAGAAGCGAACAUUUUUAUUUUUGGAUUCUUUGGAAUAGAUCUUGCAGAUUGAAUGGUGGUUACACACCACUGUUGUGCGAGCAUCUUCCAUGCAUACAUGCAUCUUGUUCAACAUCCUCCUUAACACAUGAGACCUCCCAGCCCCUCAGCACCCAUGAACAUGUAUUGAACUUCAUUUGUCUCAAUAAAGAAUCACUUUGACCACCUUUAUUUGGGGUUGUGUGUUAUUUGAUAGUGAUAUAGGGCUAUUUCACACUACAUCUGAUGAUUUCAGUUCAAAUUUCUUUUAUUGUUUUAGCGGUGACAUAAUCAUCUGUGUGUGUGUGUGAAACAGUUCUAUUCUUUUAGUGGCUAUAUUUUUAAUGUCUUGCGAAUGAUUAUAUAGAGUGAUGAUAUGCCUUUUUUAAAUACUUUUCCCUCCGUGACUCGUAUUUGGUCAUUUUUCAAAAGAGUACUUUUGCUUUGUGUCACAAGGAAAGGUAUAGAACGAACAUAUGCAUCUCAUCUGUAUUAUUUGGUAUAAAGUUAAAAUAAAGUUGAUUUCUUUCAAA